AACACAGAGGUAGGUGAAGGUAUAUAUAGUGUUUUAUUGUCACAGAGGUUUCAGACACAGGUGUGGUAAUAGGAAAUAUCUUGACACAAAGAAGAAUAUAACUUAGCUCUGGUCGUAAUGUCUCUUUAUAACAGGAUCAGAAGAAUGCACAGAAGAACUGACGAAGAACAGGAACAAUAGGUAUCCAGGGGAACAGCACAGGUAACGAGAAUAUGGGUAGGUUCAUGGAGAUCAAUGCGAGAUCAGACGAGGAUUGAGGGUAAGUGAAAGUCCUUUUAUAAGAUCCUGGUGAUGAUGAACAGGUGGUCAGAAUUCCGGUGAUUGUGAACUAGUAGGCGUGGCAUCUGGAGAGGGUGAAGGCUGUGACUCCGUAACACAUAGUGGUAUGUUCCCUGUCUUGUGUAUGGACAUUUAAUUUAAAGAGUAUUUUCUGUCCCUAUUCUUCUGUGUUUUCAUUUCUUGUUUGCCUUUGGUUCCAUUGCUUCUUUGUUGGUUGCCAUGGUUUUUCAUUAGCUCCACCCUCUCCUUGUAAACUUAUCUUGUGUAUUUACACCUAAUGUGUUUCUCUUAUUUUGGUGUUUGUCCUACAUGGAUAUAUUGUGUGCCUGUUGUCAUUUAUGUUUUAUUACCUUUUCUUGCCCAUUUUCUUCACAGUGUUUGGCUUUACCAUGCCUGGAUUUAUGUUUAUUACGUUUGUUUGAAUAAAUGUUGGUGACUGAACCUGGAGCCUGCUUUCCCUCAUUCUGAAACAGCCAUGUUACACAUACAGCAUACUCACAAUACAUCCUAAACAGCAAAUCUAAAAUUCUUGAUUGUUUAGCCUAUAUCAUCGCACAAUGUGAACUACAGUAUAUUAUUGCCUAGCUCUAAUCUGGUUAAUGUGGUUUCAAUGAAGAUUAAUAUCAUGUUUUUCUUUUGAAAAUGUGUAUUGUAAAAAAAAUAUAUACAAAUACAUUUGAUGACCUAUUUUGAAAUAUUUUUUUUAUUUAUAUUAUAUUAUAUUAUAUUAUAAAGAACAUUAGCAUGCUGCUUCUUGCAUGUUUUUAGAAAUGUUAGAGUUAUGUGAGGUAAUUGUGCAGAUACAGUAAAGUACAGCAGAUACACAUUUGACUGUGUAAUCAUAACUAACUACCUCACUGGCUGCCACAGUACACACAGUGGACAAGAAUCUUUUGCUCUUUUACCAGCACUGAAUAUAUACUAAAAAAAAACUCUCAUUGAUGAAAAUAGUUUUUUGAUAAUUAUUUGUCUACGAGGGUAUAUUCAUCUAAAAGAAUAACUAUCAGGCAUGUGACUGUUUUGGAUCAAGUUAUGUCAAGUUUAAUUCUCUCCAGUUUCAUUUGGAGCAAGUCAGCGGAGCAGUUUAUCCUCUACUGUAUGGGUUCACUGGGUUGCAGUAUUUAUAUCCUGGAAUUUCAAGACCACCAUCAAUUCACCAUCGCAACUGAGGAGGCAAGUUGUUGUUUUGGUCUAUGAUUAUCUGGGUACAUUUCUGCAGUUAUGUCUUCUCCUGGUAAGACAGGAGCAGUUUCAAGCUCAGCGAGAAGGCUUUCACGAACAAAAAGCAAGAAAAAACAUUUUGUACAUCAAAAAGUGGAGGUAUUCUGGGCCAGCGAUCCCAUACUGACUGUUUUUAUGUGGGGCAUCAAUCACACGAUAAACGACCUCUUUCAAGUGCCUAUGCCAGUAAUGCUACUUCCAGAUGACUUCAAAGCCAACAUAAAAAUGAAAGUCAACAACCAUUUAUUCAACAAGGAAAACCUCCCUGGACAUUUUAAGUUUAAGGAGUACUGUCCACUGGUGUUCCGGAAUCUAAGAGAGCGAUUUGGAGUUGAACAUCAGGAUUAUCUGGUUUCUCUUACACGUAGUCCUCCAGCAAAGGAUGGCAAAAGUCAGGAAGCAGGAUUGGUGUUGACAUCAUAUGACCGAACAUUAAUUGUCAAGCAAAUAUCUAGUGAGGAGGUGGAGGACAUGCACAACAUUCUUUCAGAAUACCACCAGCACAUCGUAACAUGCCAUGGUAGCACACUUCUUCCCCAGUUCCUUGGCUUGUACCGUGUUACUGUGGACAAUGAAGACACAUACCUUUUAGUCAUGAGAAAUAUGUUCAGCCACCGACUAACUGUCCACAUGAAAUAUGACCUCAAGGGGUCGUUGGUUUCUCGAGAAGCAAGUGAUAAAGAGAAGGUGAAGGAACUGCCCACCUUCAAGGAUGUCGAUUUCAGAAACAACAUGCAGCGAGUGUACAUCAGUGAAGAGGAGAAAGAAAAGCUUUUGGAUAAACUGAACAGGGACACAGAGUUUCUUGUACGUUUGAAGAUCAUGGACUACAGCCUGCUGCUGGGCAUUCAUGAUGUCGAGAGGGUGGAGCAAGAGGAAGUGGAAGAAAUGAAAGCCCCUUUAAGUGAAGAGGAGGAGGAUGCAGAGAAUGACCUUUCGCUUAUGGCUGUGGGGUCUUUUGGCACUUCCCCUGAGGGCAUUGCAGGGUACAUGAGCUCUUACAAACCUCUUGGUCCAGGACAGUUUGACCCUUAUGUUGAUGUGUAUGCCAUCCAGAGUGCAGCUGGUUCCACACACAGAGAGGUAUACUUCAUGGGUCUCAUAAACAUUCUGAGCCAGUAUGAUACCAAGAAGAAGGCAGCCCACGCAGCAAAAACAGUCAAGCAUGGAGCUGGGGCUGAAAUCUCUGCAGUUCAUCCUGAACAGUAUGCCAAACGGUUUCGGGAAUUCAUUGCAAACAUCUUUGCCUAAUUGAGAGCAUUUUAAAUAUACUCUUCCAAAUCUAGUGCACAAAAUGGUAAAAAACAAAAUCAAAUUGGAUACAAAAACCUUUAUUUGGAGCUGGUGAUUUGUACAAAUUAAAUUAUUUGAAAAGCAUUAUUUAAUUCAGUUAUUUAAUGUUUAGCAUAUAUAUGUGAAUGAUAAAAAUUAUCGCUCUAAUUUGCAAUAAAAAUGUAAUAAUGCAAAUAUAAAAUGUAUACAAUAAAACUGACUCCAUGAAAUGGAUGUGCAGUUAUAACUGUUAAAAUAGUUUAGAAUGUGACAUUUUAGUCUGCAGGAAUUUCAAAUGGUGAAGAUUUCAAUAUGCAUUUUCACAAAAUAAAUAUGAAAAUUUGUUUGUCAUUUAA